AUGGCGUUCAGCAAAGGAUUUCGGAUCUAUCACAAAUUGGAUCCCCCACCUUUCAGCCUCAUAGUGGAAACCAGGCACAAGGAAGAAUGUCUCAUGUUCGAGUCUGGGGCUGUAGCGGUGCUCUCAUCAGCAGAAAAAGAGGCAAUCAAGGGUACAUACUCCAAAGUUCUAGAUGCCUAUGGACUUUUAGGUGUUUUACGAUUAAAUCUUGGUGAUAUUAUGUUACAUUAUCUGGUCCUAGUCACUGGAUGUAUGUCUGUUGGGAAAAUUCAAGAAUCUGAAGUUUUCCGAGUUACUUCCACUGAAUUUAUGUCACUGCGAGUUGAUUCUUCGGACGAGGAUCGCAUUUCGGAAGUGCGAAAAGUUUUAAAUUCAGGAAACUUUUAUUUUGCAUGGUCUGCAUCCGGAGUCAGUUUGGAUCUGAGUCUUAAUGCCCACCGUAGCGUGCAAGAACACACAACUGAUAAUAGAUUUUUCUGGAAUCAGUCUUUGCACUUGCAUCUCAAGCACUACGGUGUGAAUUGUGACGACUGGUUAUUACGCCUCAUGUGUGGAGGAGUAGAAAUCAGAACAAUUUAUGCUGCUCAUAAACAGGCAAAGGCUUGCCUCAUUUCCAGACUGAGCUGUGAACGAGCUGGGACCAGGUUUAACGUCCGGGGAACAAAUGAUGAUGGUCACGUCGCCAAUUUUGUAGAAACAGAACAGGUUGUGUAUUUAGAUGACUCUGUUUCUUCCUUCAUACAAAUCCGGGGAUCUGUCCCAUUGUUCUGGGAGCAACCAGGAUUGCAGGUGGGAUCCCAUCGUGUUCGUAUGUCAAGGGGAUUUGAAGCCAAUGCACCCGCUUUUGACAGGCAUUUUAGGACACUUAAGAAUUUGUAUGGUAAACAAAUAAUAGUAAAUCUGCUUGGAUCUAAGGAAGGUGAACAUAUGCUAAGUAAGGCUUUCCAGAGUCAUCUGAAAGCUUCUGAACAUGCUGCUGAUAUCCAGAUGGUGAAUUUUGACUAUCAUCAAAUGGUUAAAGGAGGAAAGGCAGAAAAAUUACAUAGUGUUCUUAAACCUCAAGUCCAAAAGUUUCUGGAUUAUGGAAUUUUUCAUUUUGAUGGAAGUGAAGUUCAAAGGUGCCAGAGUGGUACAGUUCGAACAAACUGCUUGGAUUGUCUUGACAGAACAAAUAGUGUGCAGGCAUUCCUUGGAUUAGAGAUGCUGACUAAACAGUUGGAAGCUCUUGGUUUAGCUGAAAAGCCUCAGUUGGUGACUCGCUUUCAAGAAGUUUUUCGAUCAAUGUGGUCUGUGAAUGGUGAUUCAAUAAGUAAGAUUUAUGCAGGAACUGGAGCCCUUGAAGGAAAGGCUAAGGCUGGAAAGUUAAAAGAUGGUGCUCGUUCAGUUAGUAGAACAAUUCAGAAUAACUUCUUUGACAGCUCCAAGCAAGAAGCAAUUGAUGUUUUGCUCCUGGGAAAUACUCUAAAUAGUGAUUUAGCUGACAAAGCUCGAGCCCUUUUAACUACUGGAAGUUUGCGUGUUUCUGAACAGACAUUACAGUCAGCAUCUUCUAAAGUCCUAAAGAGCAUGUGCGAGAAUUUCUACAAGUAUUCAAAGCCCAAGAAAAUUCGAGUAUGUGUGGGCACCUGGAACGUGAAUGGCGGAAAGCAGUUUCGCAGCAUAGCUUUUAAGAAUCAGACCCUUACGGACUGGCUUCUUGAUGCCCCCAAGUUAGCUGGCAUCCAGGAGUUUCAAGAUAAAAGAAGUAAACCAAUGGAUAUAUUUGCAAUUGGUUUUGAGGAAAUGGUAGAGUUGAAUGCUGGAAACAUUGUGAAUGCAAGCACAACAAAUCAGAAACUCUGGGCUGUGGAACUUCAGAAGACCAUCUCCAGAGACAACAAGUAUGUACUGCUGGCCUCUGAGCAGUUGGUGGGCGUCUGUCUGUUUGUUUUUAUCAGACCACAGCAUGCUCCAUUCAUCAGGGAUGUUGCGGUUGAUACUGUGAAAACUGGAAUGGGAGGCGCAACUGGAAAUAAGGGAGCAGUUGCAAUACGAAUGCUGUUCCACACCACAAGCCUCUGCUUUGUCUGCAGCCACUUCGCUGCAGGACAGUCCCAAGUCAAAGAACGAAAUGACGAUUUUGUAGAAAUAGCUCGGAAGUUGAGUUUUCCAAUGGGAAGGCUGCUCUUCUCCCAUGACUAUGUGUUUUGGUGUGGUGAUUUCAACUACCGAAUCGAUCUCCCUAAUGAGGAAGUGAAAGAGCUUAUCAGACAGCAAAACUGGGAUUCUCUUAUUGCAGGAGAUCAGCUUAUCAAUCAGAAAAACGCUGGACAGAUUUUUAGAGGAUUUUUAGAAGGAAAAGUGACCUUUGCUCCAACGUAUAAAUAUGACUUGUUUUCUGAUGACUACGAUACUAGUGAAAAGUGCCGCACCCCUGCAUGGACAGACCGUGUCCUCUGGAGAAGACGGAAGUGGCCUUUUGAUAGAUCAGCUGAAGAUUUAGAUCUCCUAAAUGCUAGUUUUCAAGAUGAAAGCAAAAUCCUCUACACGUGGACUCCUGGCACUUUGCUGCACUACGGAAGGGCCGAGCUAAAGACUUCUGACCAUAGGCCUGUCGUUGCCCUGAUCGAUAUUGAUAUAUUUGAAGUUGAAGCUGAAGAGAGGCAAAACAUUUAUAAGGAAGUAAUCGCAGUUCAGGGUCCACCGGAUGGCACGGUGCUGGUCUCAAUCAGGAGCUCUUUACCGGAAAAUAAUUUUUUCAACGAUGCUUUGAUUGAUGAGCUUUUACAGCAGUUUACAAAUUUUGGUGAAGUUAUACUCAUAAGAUUUGUGGAAGAUAAAAUGUGGGUUACGUUUUUGGAGGGAAGCUCUGCCUUGAGUGUUCUGAACCUGAGUGGGAAAGAGUUAUUGGGUAGGACUAUAACAAUUACUUUAAAAAGUCCAGACUGGAUCAAAACUUUGGAAGAAGAAAUGAGCUUAGAGAAAAUCAACGUCCCCUUGCCAUCAUCAACCAGCUCAACCCUCCUAGGUGAAGACGCAGAGGUCACUGCCGACUUCGAUAUGGAAGGUGAUGUGGAUGACUAUAGUGCUGAGGUAGAGGAGAUCCUUCCUCAGCAUCUCCAGCCAUCUUCCAGUUCUGGCCUUGGCACGUCCCCCGGUUCUUCACCCCGGACCAGUCCCUGCCAGUCACCUACCAUAUCAGAGGGACCCGUGCCUUCCCUCCCAGUAAGACCAAGUCGAGCUCCGUCCAGAACACCCGGGCCCCCUGCUUCACAAAAUUCUCCUGUAGACGCCCUGCCGGCGACACAGCUACAGCAGAAAGAGUCUUCCCAGACCCUGGAACCCAAGCGGCCUCCCCCUCCCCGCCCGGUUGCUCCUCCCGCACGUCCAGCUCCCCCACAACGACCGCCUCCGCCUUCAGGGGCUAGGAGUCCUGCACCUGCUAGAAAAGAGUUUGGAGGUGGAGCCCCUCCCAGUCCGGGGGUAGCUAGGCGAGAGAUGGAAGCACCCAAAAGCCCUGGAACAACACGGAGAGAUAAUCUAGGACGCAGCCAGCCUCCACCUCAAGCCGGACUGCCAGGCCCGGGACUUGCCGGACACAGUGCAGCCAGACCGAUUAUUCCACCCCGUGCUGGAGUCAUCAGCGCCCCCCAGAGCCAUGCACGGGCAUCUGCUGGGAGACUGACUCCUGAAAGCCAAAGCAAACCCUCAGAAGUACAGAAAGGGCCAGCUCUUCUUCCCGAACCCCUGAAGCCUCAGGCCGCCCUUCCUGUGCCGUCUUCUCUGCCGCCACCUCUUCAGAAGAUGCAGGAGCCUCUCAUCCCGGUGGCCGCACCUCUGACCCAGGCUGCCCCGCAGCCCAGCCUGGAAACGCCCCCACAGCCGCCCCCUCGGAGCAGGUCGUCCCACAGCUUGCCUUCUGAACCUCCGGCGCAGCCGCAGGUGAAAACAAACGGAGUCUCCACCGUCAGACUGGACUCGCCAUUAAAGAGUGACCCAUUUGAAGACUUGUCAUUGAACCUGCUUGCUGUAUCAAAGGCUCAGCCAUCUGUUCACACCCCAAACCCAAGGGGGUUGACGCCAUUGCCUUCUGCAACCCCAAGUAACACAAACACUCUGAGUUCUGUAAGCUGCAUGCCGACAAUGCCUCCAAUUCCAGCCCGGAGUAUAUCCCAGGAAAACAUGCGACGUUCCCCAAAUCCAUUCAUCCCAAGCUCAAGCAGCACAAAUCCUUUUACUGACGGGACUGCCGUUCCCGGAAACCCAUUUCGAGCUGAGUCUCAAGAAUCAGAGGCCACUUCAUGGUUCUCCAAAGAAGAGCCUGUUGCUCAGAGUCCAUUCUCUUCGCUGAGGCCUCUGGAUCAGAACAGUAGCAAGCCUUCAUCCUCCCUGGAUGGGUUUAAGGACAGUUUUGAUCCGCAGGGCCCGCCUGCACUAACAGUCAGCAACCCCAAAGGAUGGGUAACCUUCGAGGAGGAAGAGGACUUUGGUGUGACAGGGAAGUCAGGGUCCACUCGUCCAGAUGUUUUCCUGGGUAAGCAGCCGAGCUCAUCUCCUGGCUCCAAGGUGACGCUUGGUGAUGACUGGGGUAGAAGUACCAAUGUGUCUUUCUGUGUGUUGCCAGCAAGAAGACCACCCCCACCGCCUGUCCCUCUGCUCCCACCUGGCACCACCCCUCCCGCAGACCCUUUCACAGCCCUGGCCUCUAAGGCAUCACCGACACUAGACUUGACAGAAAGAUAA